AUGUGUAAGGCUGGUAUAAAAUAUCUACAGUUCAGUUGGCCCAUUUGCCUCCCCGCACAGUGCGAAAUUUAAGUUGCGGAAUUUCCAACUCGCAAAUUCCAAAAGCCAAUUUUUUUAUUGUGCUAUUGUGUCCUUUAUUUGAAAAGUUAUCUCCAAGCGCCACGCCUUUAUUAUUCAAAAUGAAACUACAAAAUUUUAUUGCCCUCAAAUAUAAGAAAAUAGAUAAGAAAAUUGCGAAUAGCGGCCAUCAAUGACGAUAAUUCAUCGAUAUGCCUACGCUGAACAAAAAAAAAACCCAAAAAAGAGGCUCAAAAAUAGAUGAUUUAAGAAGCAAAAAAAAAUUUGAGAAAAAAUUAAAGUUCUGUAACAAAUUUUUAUAUUUCGCACAGUGCGAAAAACUAAGAAUUUUUUGCACGGUGCAAUUUUUCACCGCUUUUUUUGCCGCAUUGUGCGAAAAAUUUCGCACAGUGCAAAAUUUGAAAAAGCACAAAAUCCAAUUUUUUGUAUGUUCAGCUAUCAUGCUACCUUUUUUAGACACAGAUCUUAAUUAAAACACGAAAACAAACAUACGUAAGCCUAUAGUUUGAAACGCAGAUUAUUUUAGACAAAAAAAAAAAAUGAAAAAAGCUUUUAGAACUUGCCGAUAAGACUACUUUAUUGCCUAAUACAUGUAUCAGUGGCAACUCGAUUAGUUGGAGUUGUUGUAUAGUUUUUUUUUGUUUCAUUUUGAGGCCGGUCUUGCAACUAGAACACAAAAAAAGGACCAAAGAGGGCGAGGCAGGACUUAACGGGUUUAAGAUUAGAAUAACCCAUGAUUAUUAGGGAGUAUUCAUGCUAGAUCAAGGUCUAUGACGAAGAUACGUUUCUAAUAAAAAAAUGCUUUUAUUAGUUUGUCAUGAUGACAUCACUUUUUUUUAAAUUCAAAAUUUUCGGGAAGAUUCUUUUUUUCGUAUAAGAUGUCGCCAAAAAAUAAAAAAAAUUACCGCGAAUAAAACCAGCAUCACUCACAGGAACUUAGCAAGCGCAAAAAAUUUAGGAUUUGCACAGUGCAACUACGAUAUUAAAAUAAAGUCAUCCGCUGCACUGUGCAAAGAAAUGUUUGGCGUGCACUGCGCCAAAAAUAUGAUUUUUUGCGAAAAUAAAGUUGCGAAAAGAGCUAUCAGAGGCUUUUGAAAUAUAAUGCAAAAAAUGAAACUGUUUGAUGACGUCAUGAUUGCACUGUGCACAAAUAUGCAAAACUGCACAGUGCAGCCAACUUUUUUCUUAAUUUUAGCACUGUGCUGAGAAAAAUUUUUUUUUCGCAACGCGGUCGAUAAAUGAGAAUAAAAAAUAAUUUUGAGCAAAAAAAAAUUAUUUACAACAGUAAUCAACUCCGUAUUUUAAAAUUUUUCGUAAAAUUCCCAUUUUUUUCAGAGCCAAAAGAAAAAUCGACCACAACUUCAACAACAUCCACAACCACAACUAGCACGACCACAACAACUUCCACAACCACCACAACCACUGUUCCGCCAGUGCCUCGGGCCGCUUUGACCAAGAUCUUGUUCUUUGCCCAUGCGCCGAGCCGAUUAAAACGCGAUGCAGAGAAAGUUCAGGACAAUAAGCAGCUUUUGCAAGAACUCUUUGUAAAAUGGGAAAACAAGCUGGAAAAUGGCAAGUUGCAGGUGGAUUUGAUACCAUAUUUGGAUGCUCCGAAAUCCGAAGACAUUCUGAAGGGAAGAGUGAAUGUGGAGGAAAUUGUGGAGCAUAUUGAAAGAGUUUAUGAAAAAUAUACGGGCUUUGAUGGAGAGCCGUCUCAAGAAAGGUAAUCAUUUACUUCGGAGGCUUACUGUAGCAAGUGCAAGCGAGAUUUUUGGAGAUUUGAGGGAGUUUUUCGGAAAAAUGUUGAAAAAAUACAAAAAAUGGAUUUUAACGUCGGGUAAAGACUGUUUUUGAUCUCAGAAGACUCUAUUUUAUUCAAGCAACAACUAAAAAUCAAAAACCAAAUAGUUUUUGUUUAGCAGUAGGAUUUUUAUUCACUGCACAGUGCUAAUUCUGAGAGGGAAUUUCCGCACUGUGCACGUCUGUGCUGCAUAGAAAUAAGAUUUUACUCUGAUAGAUUGGCUAUGAUUAGGCCAUAUACAACUCAUCUAAAGCAAUUCCAAUAGCAUUAGACAGCUCACACGGUGCAAUCAUCAUGAACUUUUGACUGCACAGUGCAGUAUAAAAAAAGGUUGAUUGCACAGUGCAAUGCCAAAUGCACGUAUCUUAGAUUCGAAACGUUGCCUGAGGCAAAUAAUUAUUUUUCAGACAUAACAUUUCUUUUUCAGCGGCUGCACAGUGCGAUUUUUUGACAUUUUCUUUUUUUGCACUGUGCAAAAAUUAAAAUUUUUUUUGACCGGGUAGUGCAACAAAACAAAAUAAAAAAUUAUGAAACUGACAUCAUGCUACUAUUUACUAUCGAAUCAGUCACAAUCAUGACAAACUCCUUCCAAAUCUCCAAUCUCCCACUUGCACUAGUGCAAUAUAACUAAUCUAAUUUUCAGGUCCAAAUAAUUUGAUUUCAGGUGCUUUAUUGCUUAUAAAAUUCAAAUUUAGUCGCUUCUUGUCCUGUCCCACAAAUUCUGGCAUUUUACGCUUAUUUCAAACGCAUUUUCUGCCGCAUUUCGAAUUCUAAAAUACUGUUUUCAGGACUGUGAAGUUUAUCAAUCAACUGGAUUUCGACAAAAAUGUCGGUAGUCAUUUUGUGCAUCUGUUUGCACCUGAAAAAUCGGCUUAUAAGUAAGUUAUUUUGACAGAAAUAAAUUUGCACAUAUUUGCACAGUGCGGCCAAAAUUUUUAGUUGACUGCACAGUGCGGUCAAAAAAUUGAUUUUUUGCACAGUGCAAGAUUUUUUAUUUUGCACAGUGCAGAAAAUAUUUUUUCAUUUUGCACGGUGCGACCAAAGAAUGAAUUUUUUGCACAGUGCAAGUUUUUUUAGAAAUGCGGACCCUACUGAAGACAUUGCGGCGGUCUCCAAGAUACUUGAAGACCUGAACGAAUCGAUCCGCAAAUUUGUCGCUGUUGGUUUGACUUAUGAUAAUGAAACCAUGAAUGGUUACAUUACAAAGAAGAACAAGGAUAAGAACAUUCAGCUGGUGAAUGGCAACAAGGCAUUAGAUGAGGUUGAGAAGUCCAUUGGUAAGCUUGUUUUUACAUUUUAAAAAAUUUCGAAAAGAAAAAAAAAUAAAAAAAAUCGCAUUCUCUCUUACAAAAACAAUUUUUAGACGACGAUGAGCCGACUACUCCAUUUACCGAGGGUACCACCGAGUUCACAACCGAAGCGACUACCGAACAACCAACUGAGGGUACCACCAGUCAGCAAACAACUGAACAGCCCACUGAAGGAACUACGGAGACUCCAGAAGCCACCACAGAGUCCGAAGGAACUUCUGAAGGCUCUACUGAGCAGCCAACGGAGACUACGGAACAGACAUCAGAAGGAACCACAGAGCGACCUACAGAGGGAACUACUGAGCCUGAAACCGAACAGACAACUGAGCAGACUUCAGAGGCCACUACAGAGUUCACAACUGAAAAGACAGAGACUUCCGAAGCCACUACGGAGCUUCCAACUGAAGGAACGACAGAGCCAGUAACUGAGCAGACUUCUGAAGCCACCACCGAGCUCCCGACAGAAGGAACAACUUCUGAAGCCUCCACGGAGCCAGAAACCGAAGCCACAACUGAACAGACCUCCGAAUCUACCAGUGAAUUGCCUACAGAAGGAACCACUGAGCCAGUAACUGAACAGCCAACUGAACAGACAACUGAGCAGACUUCCGAAGCCACAACUGAACUUCCAACUGAAGGAACUACUGAGCCAGUGACUGAACAGACAACUGAGCAGACUUCCGAGGGUACCACUGAACUCCCAACUGAAGGAACAACUUCUGAAGCCACGACUGAGCAGACCUCCGAAGGCACUACUGAAUUGCCUACGGAAGGAACCACAGAAUCUGAGGCAACUUCCGAAGCUACCACCGAGCAGCCAACUGAAGUUACCACCGAACAGACUUCAGAAGCCACCACAGAGUUGCCGACUGAAGGAACAACGGAGCCAGUGACCGAACAGACUACUGAGCAGACCUCGGAAUCCACCACAGAGCUCCCCACGGAAGGAACAACUGAAACCUCAGAAGCCACCACAGAACCAGAAACCGAAGCCACAACUGAGCUUCCGACUGAGGCCACAACAGAGCCAGCUUCAGAGGCGACCACAGAGCAGACUCCAGAAGCCACUACUGAAUUGCCUACCGAAGGUACUACCGAGCCAGUAACUGAGGGAACUACUGAGCUCCCAACUGAGUCCACGACCUCUGAAUCGCCUACUGAAGCCACUACAGAAGAAGAAACUGAAACGACUGAGACUUCUGAAGCCACCACUGGACUUCCAACUGAGCGUACUACGGAGCCGGUCACUGAGCAGCCAACUGAGGCUACAACAGAGCAGACCUCAGAGUCUACAAGUGAAUUGCCAACUGAGGGAACCACUGAGACAUCUGAAGGCACCACAGAGCCAGAAACUGAGAGAACAGAGACUUCCGAGGCCACUACCGAACUUCCCACUGAAAGAACUACAGAACAGACUUCUGAAGCCACAACAGAGCUCCCAACUGAAAGGACAGAGACUUCCGAAGCCACAACUGAACUUCCAACAGAAGGAACUACUGAGCCUGUUACUGAGCAGACUUCUGAAGCCACCACAGAACUCCCGACUGAAGGAACAACCUCUGAAGCCACUACGGAGCAGACCUCCGAAGGCACUACUGAGCUCCCAACUGAGAGAACAACAGAGCCAGUGACCGAACAGACCACUGAGCAGACCUCGGAAUCAACAACCGAGCUUCCAACCGAAGCCACUACAGAAUCCGAAGAAACCUCUGAAGCUUCUACUGAGCAGCCAACUGAGGCUACCACCGAACCGACUUCAGAAGCCACUACAGAGUUGCCCACGGAAGGAACUACGGAGCCAGUGACUGAACAGACUACUGAGCAGACAUCGGAGGCAACCACUGAGCUUCCGACAGAGGGAACAACGGAAUCGGAGGCCACAACAGGGUUUACCACUGAACAGCCAACCGAACAGACCUCCGAAGCCACAACUGAGCUGCCAACGGAAGGUACUACAGAGUCUGAAGGAACUUCCGAAGCUUCUACUGAGCAGCCAACUGAGGCUACCACCGAGCAGACUUCAGAAAGCACCACCGAGCUGCCUACUGAAGGAACCACUGAGCAGACGUCCGAAGCGACUACUGAGUUCCCUACCGAAGGUACUACGGAGCCAGUAACUGAGAGAACAGAGACUUCUGAGGCUACCACUGAACUGCCAACAGAAGGAACCACUGAACCUGUUACUGAACAGACUUCUGAAUCCACAACAGAGCAGACCUCCGAGGGCACUACUGAGCUCCCAACUGAGGGAACUACAGAGCCAGUGACCGAACAGCCCACUGAGCAGACCUCGGAAUCCACCACAGAGCUCCCCACGGAAGGAACGACAGAAACUUCAGAAGCCACCACUGAGCUUCCAACCGAAGCCACUACAGAAUCCGAAGGAACUUCUGAGGCUUCUACCGAGCAGCCAACUGAGGCCACCACCGAACAGACUUCAGAAUCCACCACUGAGCUGCCUACGGAAGGAACAACGGAGCCAGUGACUGAACAGACAACUGAGCAAACAUCAGAACCAACUACCGAGGUUCCAACGGAAAUUCCAACUGAAGGAACUACUGAAGUGCCAACUGAGGGUACCACAGAAGUUCCCACAGAAAGAACCACUCCAGAAGAGACCACUGAAUUCACAGAGGGAACCACAGAAACGGGAACAACGGAGCCAGCGCCAAGCAGCUCUAGGCUGGUCACCAUGGCCUUCUACAAUGGUCCAACGCAGUUCAGCUGCCGCGCCAGACGUUGCCGAAGAUCUUUGGAGGAGGUAGGUGGAGUUUUAGUUAUAAUUAAGAGUGUCUGAUGAUUGCACAGUAACCAAUAAAUUUUUUACCACUGCAGGGUGCAAAUUUCGAUAGGAUUAGAAAAUUCGUUGUGCACGGAACUUAAUGUAAAUUUCUUGCAUCUAGCAGAGCAGUGGGGGUCUAAGAUUAUGACAACUAAUUUCUCAGGCACUUUAUUUUGACCGGCACACAGAAUUUUUCAAAUCUACGUUUUGCACAGUGCGAGAUUUCCAAUUAUAUUUUUCGCACUGUGCAGUCUAGAAAAUUGGAUUUUUAUGCACGGUGCUGCGCCCUAAAGACAAAAAACGUUUGGAUUGUAAAAUACGAGAGCUGCACUCUACCGUGCCUACGAUUACUGAGCCAUAUUUUUUACAUGUAGUGCUAAAUUUUUGACUUGUAAUUUUUUCACAGUGCAUCAAGAAAAAACGAUUUUUUGCAGUAAAGUAAAUCGCCUUAGGCAGUUAAAAACGUUUUCGGGUUGUAAAAUACGAUGCCUCAAUUUCUUUUGUCUUAAAAAAAAUUUAUCCCUCUCAGGGAAACGCAAAAUUCACAAUUUUUAUUUUCGCACGGUGCAAAAUAAAAAAAUAAAUUUUGAACUCAAAAUUCAGGACCAACGUCAAAUCUUGUUCGAGACCAUGGACCGUUGGGACGCGGACGGGCACUUUGGCCACGAUCUCUCCAUCCGUUUCAUUCCGUACGCCAUAAUUCCGGCCAAAAUGUCGCCAGUCUUCAAAACGGCCGCUCAAGCCAAACGAUUCAUUGAAUCCGCCUUGAACAAGCAGCCCAAUACGCUGAAUUUGAAUCCAUCGCAAGAAAAGUAAGUGAUUCGGCAAAGUAGUAAGUUGAAUGGCGCUUGAAUCCCCUCUGUUCUGUUCGUUUUGCUAAAUGUUUGCGCGAAGCUGAUGGAUACGACGAGAUAAAUGGUCGGUUUGAUUGUAGUGUGGUCAAGGAGAUGAGGGAGAGAAAUGUGACCGAAAUAUACUUGUCUGUACCUCCAAUAACAGCCUAUAUGUAAGUUUUUCGAUGGAAUUUUGAUUUUGAAAAAAUAUGCAAAUUUUGAAAAUUUUGAAUUUUUUUGUUAUUUUAUGCAAAUUUUUGAAUGUAAAUAGCUUAAAAAGACCUUAUAUACAUUUAUUUUGUAAAGAGUAAAUUACAUGCAAAUCUAUGCAAAUUUUAAAAAUUUUAUGUUAAUUUAUGCAGAUUUUUUAUGUAAAUUGCAUAAAUCGAGCCAAAAACACGAUGAAUUUGCAUUCCACAGAGGAUCAAAAAUUAAUUUAUGACUUCUGCUAUCGUAUUUUACCAUAGUAAAUUUAAAAAAAUUCAAAAAACCUCAAAAUCUAAAAAUUUGAAUAUUCAAAUUUCAGCACGGACCAACGUUUCUACCUCGACUCCCAACGUGCCAAAACGCUGGCUGGUCGCUUGAACAUGACCCUCACGGAGAUACCUCAACAAUAA